GAUGAUGUUCUUUUCUGUAGAAUUAGGUUUUUCUAGUACCCCAGAAUUCUUUAUUGAAGCGGAGAAAAGCACAUUUAAAUUCGGUCUCUUACCCUCUGGGAUCUGGCCCCCGCAAUUGGCUGGGAAUGAGUUAUAUUGCAAGUUUGAAACUUGGUUAAAGUUCACUGGUCAGAACUGUUCAAUCAGUCCAAAUGAGAUAAUAAUAAGCGAAAAUAAUCCUAUACAUGAUAUCGAUUUGCUAGUUUUGGAAGACGGUAAUUGUAUUGAUAAUCGUCCGAUUAUUACAAUUGUAGGAUCUUGUUCGACGGAUAAAGCAAAUGAUACAAUUUAUAUAAAACAAAAGAAUACUUUAUUUAGUAGAGAAAUUAUUGAUACAACAGUCGGACCUAGUUGUCAAGAUCCCAGGGUUGUUCAAAGAAUAAGGGGUUCAAACGAAAGAGACGACGUUAUUGAAGAAGAUAUUUGUUAUAAUUUUUACGGUCUUGGUGGGGAGAUUUACGAAAUAUUAUCAGAUAAACUGCUAAAGGACGAACAAGGCAUAAUUAAGAUAUCUGUUGAUCAGUUAAGUAUAUUUGGUGUUAAAAAUCUGCAAUGGGGUGGGGAAUGGGAAUUGAAAAUUAGGAAAGGUAUCCAUUAUUCAAUAAAAAUGGAUAAGAAUCUAUAUAUUAAGAUGAAUAAAGGUGAAAGGAUACUGUCCAUUCAGAUUAGAAUAAUUCAUCAGAAUGCUUGGAACGAUUAUCUUGAUAUUGUUAUAGAAAAUACAGGAAUGAAUCGAAAAACAUUCGAUGAAUUUCACCAAGGAAUUCUGGGAAGUGUUUGGAACAAAUCGUAUAAGUUUAUUAAGAAAACAGAAUCAAUUUUUGAGAUAGCUAACUUUCCAAAUUCCCUUGAUGAAGAAGUAAAAUAUAAUUUUCAACUGAAAUACACUCUAGCUGUAGAUGACACGCAUACUUACCAAUGUCAGUUAUCUGGAGAAUCAUCUUUCCCUGGCCAACAAGUUAUUGUUACACCUGGGAUAUUUGAACUUUUUCCCAAUCAAGUAACUGUUGACAUUUCCAUUCAAGUUUUGGAAGAUUCAAAUUGUCAUCAAGGAGAUACUUUUACUUUGAACAUUGCAUGUAAAGUUAUUGCUAAAAAUGAUCCUUUUGAUGAAGUGUUCAUUCCUUUCAAGUUUCAUGCCGAUAUUCAUGAUACAACAACUGGAAAGAUGUGUCAAGAUCCUCAUAUUAUUCAAAAUAUUGCUGGUGUAGAUGAAAAUAAUCAGAAAGUGAAAGCUAAGCUUUGCUAUGAUAUUAUGGGAAAAGCUGGUGAAAUUAUGGAAUUUAUCGGUGAUGAGAAAUUGGGGGUGACUGUUCAUUUCCAGCUUCGUGACGAUUUCUACAUUAGUAAAGUGUUCGUUAAAAGCAUUUUGGGAAUGUUAACUAUUUCUACUGGUCAUAUUGAAGGGUUAAGAGAAUCAAAAAUGAAUUGGGGAAUUGAAAAGGAAGUUACUCUAAAUAAACGACAAUUUGUUCAAAGAAUAUCCGUGUUGAAGAAUAGCAUUUCUAUUGAAUCUAAAACUGCUGAAGCAAUUCUUUCUAUUAGAGUUACAAGAGUUCCUGUUGACUAUAAACAAGGCUUCUUGAACAUUGAGAUAGAAGAUAUUGGCAGCAACACGAACUUAUUGAGCAAACAGCACACAGGAAUUUUGGGCUAUAUUGGCAAUAAAGAAUAUAUUUUUGUUGACCCUAUCCAAAGAGAUGCAAAGACUUGUACUUUGGUUGUUAACAAUAGACUUGUAAAGGCCUACAAAGAAGCUAAACGUUCCUGCUACUCUGUUAAGCUUGAAGAUAUUCUGUAUCCAAGAACUACAAGCCAAUUUAAAACCUUAUAG